CAGCCACCAAAUGGUGAAGUUUGCGAGUAGUCUUAGCAAAGAGUCUUGUGUUGAUGUUGAAGGGAUCGUCUCGGUUCCCAAAACUCCCAUUAAGGGCACUACUCAGCAGGUGGAAGUUCAAGUGAGAAAAUUUUAUUGCGUCAGCAAGGCAUUGCCAACGCUACCAUUUAACCUCGAGGAUGCUUCUCGCAGUGAAUUUGAAAUAAAAAAAAAGCUGCAGGCUGGAGAACAGGUUGUUGGUGUCAACCAGGAUACUCGUUUAAACAACAGGUUUCUUGACCUGCGGACACCUGAUAACCAAGAAACUUUUCAGAUCAGUAGCCAAGUUAAAAGUGUAUUUAGUCAGUUUUUGCUACGUGAAGAGUUUUGUUGGAUUGAUACACCAAAGCUGAUAGCUGGUUCUAGUGAAGGUGGUUCAGCUGUUUUCAAACUGGACUACAAUGGGCAACCUGCAUGUCUGGCGCAGUCACCUCAGCUCCACAAGCAGAUGUCAAUUUGUGCUGGUUUUGGGCGUGUUUUUGUGAUGGGUCCAGUUUUCAGGGCAGAGAAAUCCGAUACGACCAGACAUAUUUGCGAGUUUACAGGUCUUGAUGUUGAAAUGGAGAUUAAGGAGCACUAUUCAGAGGUGAUGGAUAUUGUGGACCACUUAUUUGUUGCAAUUUUCGACCAUUUGAAUAAGGAAUGCCAGAAAGCGCUUGAUACAAUAAGAGAGAAGUUUCCAUUUGAGCCUUUGAAGUACUUGAGGAAGACUCUACGGCUGACAUUUCAAGAAGGGGUUCAAAUGCUGAAGGUUGCCGGUGUCGAAGUCGAUCCUCUUGGAGACCUGAGCAUAGAGUCCGAGAGAAAGCUGGGCCAGCUUGUUUUGGAGAAGUAUGACACUGUUUUUUAUAUUCUUCAUCACUAUCCUUUGGCUAUUCGACCAUUCUAUACCAUGCCUUGCUAUGAUGAUACAGCCUACAGUAAUUCAUUUGAUGUCUUUAUUCGAGGGGAGGAGAUAAUUUCUGGAAGUCAGCGUAUCCAUAUACCUGAAUUAUUGGCCGCUCGUGCGGAGGCUCGUGGAAUUGAUGUCAAAACGAUGUCAACAUAUAUAGAUUCCUUCAGGUAUGGUGCAUUUCCACAUGGUGGAUUUGGAGCGGGGUUGGAGCGUGUGGUGAUGCUAUUUUGUGGUUUUAACUUUUAA